CACUAUACACAACAAGGAAACCACACACAUCCCUCAUUAGGAGGCUAUUCGAAGAGCGCAGAACCUGCCAAUGCAACACACUUCAGGAGGAUCGUGAGGAUACUGGUUAGGAAUCUGCACACCUGUCAAGCAAUCUGCUUUGGAAAAGCUCAGCCAGUUAUUCAGAAAAAAUGUAUUGCGCUCGCAUUUUUUGAUUUUGUAAAGUGUACUAUUUUACCAAACAAAAAUCCAUGAGAAAUGUGCCUUUCAGGAUUUUGAUUUGAGAGCCAUUGGAAUGUGAGAAAGAGAAGGAUUUUUAACUAAGGAUUUGGAAGAAGCGUUUCCCUUUUGACUGACAGCUCUGGUAAAUUUACCGUACCCCGAUGGAGAUUGAAAGCAUGGUAGCAAAUAGUGCUCUUAUCAGGGCCAGGGGAGGCGGAGGGGCUAAAGGGAAAGGAAGGAGCUGGAAAUGGAAAGAUUUGCUACGCUUCCCUCAUAUUAGUCAGUGCUCAGAGCUGGCCAAAACUAUUGUGCUUGAUUAUACAAGUAUGUGCGUGAAGCAGCCGAUUGGCAGAGAGCUGUUUCGUCUUUUCUGUGAGACUAGGCCUGAUCUUCAGCACUGCAAUGCUUUGUUUGAUGCAAUGGAUACCUGGGACAUGAAAUCAGACGAGGACAGAAGAAGUUUUGGCUUUCAAAUCAUUACCAAAUUUCUAAGUAGCCAGUCCUCUUACUGUGUGCAGUUGGUAGUGAGCCAUGGAAAAAAGUGCAGGGAUAAUUUGGAGGUUCUUCCUUGUAAUGAAGCCUUCACUGAGUGCAGAAAUGCCCUGCAUGAGUGCCUGAGAGGAUACCCCUUUUUUCAGUAUCAGCAAAGCAUGUACUUUGAACGUUUUCUGCAGUGGAAGAUGGUAGAGAGGCAGCCUGUUACAAAGUAUUCAUUCAGACAGUACAGGCUGUUGGGGAAGGGAGGCUUCGGAGAGGUAUGGGCGUGUCAGGUGCGUGCGACUGGGAAGAUGUAUGCGUGCAAGAAGCUGGAGAAGACCCACAUGAAGAAACGCAAAGGAGAAACUCUGGCGCACAACGAGAAGCAGUUACUGGAGAUGAUUGACAGCAGAUUUGUGGUUGUGUUUCUCAAACUACUGUUUUUUUUCUCUGGCUUUUGCUCUCUCUCUGUAACCCUCGUUUUCCCUCACUUGGUGAGUCUGGCUUAUACCUAUGAAACAAAGCACUCCCUCUGUCUGGUGCUGACCUUGAUGGAUGGAGGAGAUCUUAAGUUCCACAUCUACAACAUGGGCUCUCCAGGGCUCAGUUCAGAGAGGGUGCAGUUCUACGCAGCACAGGUCUGCUGCGGUCUGCAUCACUUGCAUCAGAACGACAUUGUCUACAGGGAUAUGAAACCAGAGAACAUUCUAUUGGAUGACAAUGGACACAUCCGUAUCUCUGAUCUGGGUCUGGCACUGAAACUGUCAGGGGGGGAACUGGCACAAGGCCGUGUAGGCACCGUGGGCUACAUGGCUCCAGAGGUGAUUGCAAACGAGCAUUAUGGGAUGAGUCCUGAUUGGUGGGGCCUGGGUUGUCUUGUGUACGAGAUGACUGCGGGGAAACCCCCUUUUCGGGAGGCGAACGAGCGUGUCAAGAGACCCGAGAUGGAGAGAAGGACACAGGAAGAAGAGGAGGACUAUGGGAAGAUGUUUAGCUGCGAGGCGUCAGACCUGUGCCGAUCGCUGUUAAACAAGGACCCAAAGCACAGGCUGGGUUGUCAGUCAUCCGGGGUCGAACAGGUGAAGUCUCAUCCCUUCUUCAACACCAUCAACUUCAGGAUGCUGGAAGCUGGACUCAUUGAGCCACCAUUUAAACCUGAUCCUAGAUUGGUGUAUUGCCAUGAUGUCCAGGACAUUGAUGAGUUCUCCACUGUAAAGGGUGUCAGUUUAAACCAAGCAGACAAGGACUUCUACAAAAAGUUCAACAUGGGUUGCGUUCCUAUUUCCUGGCAAAAUGAGAUAAUUGAGACGGAGUGUUUCAAGGAGCUGAAUCUGUUUGGGCCCAAGGGGUCACGACCCCCAGACCUGGACUGGAGCCAAGCAACUUACCCCGAGACCUCCAAACGCAGCCUGCUAGAUCGCAUCCGCCGGAGGCCUAAUCCUGAGCAGUCAGGUAAUGGAAGUGGACAAUCCAGUUUACAGUACACAUCUAGUAAGGACAACAGCUACAUUGACUCAGCAGGCAGGAUCAGUACUGCUCUCUAGGAGUACACACGUUGCACUACAACCAGGGCUUGAUCUAGAACCUUCUGUUUUGAUCAACAUCAACUCACUGUACAAGAGUUCCAAACUCCAACGAGGAGCAUUGUAUGAAUCUGUGAUUGUUCCAUGUUUCUUCAUUUGCCUCACCAACUCACAAUUCAAUAGCUCCAAUAUGUCACAUAUGUCAAUGCUCCAAUAUGAUUUGUAGGUCCACAUUUAAAAGGAAAACAGGCUACAGUGAUAAAAUGUAUGUUAUUUUAUUAAAACAAGAAUGAACACAAAACACAUCCCAAAAUAAUGACCACCAUUCAAUAACAAACAAUUAAAAUUGCUUACAAAAUUGUUACAUCUAUAAAAACAGGAGCAUGUAUAACGACAACAAACAGAAGUAUCAAGUUAUGUUGAAUGUGUUCUAAUUUGGUGCCCAGUGAGUUUCACAAGGAGCAUGUCAUUUUGUGGCAUUUUAAAUGGACAUAUUAAAUUGAACUGAAUGAAUUGAGCACUGCUAGCUUUUAAAUCACAAUUUUAAAUCUCAUAACAGAUUAUAACCCGAUGACUGUGUGAACCAUGUAUAGCUAUCAUGUCCUAUGUGGACUCUAAUAUGGAAUCUUAAGAGCCAAAAUCACUGUUACCGCAGCACUUUGAACUAACAUGUUCUUAAUCUACAUGAACUGUAUGUGCAUCCAUGUUUUUAGAAAAU